GCCUCGCCGCCCAAAGGAUCACAUAUAAAAACCAAGCCCAUUGAAAAUUAAAUCAUUGUUGUACCAUUAACCGGCCGGGCCGUACGUCUAAUUAAUCAAAUCUAAUGACAAAGUGAAAUAUCAAAAUGAAGUGUUUGUGUUUACUUAUCGCUUCGGCCGCCCUCGUGCACGGUUACAGCAUCAGGGACAACGAAAUCGAGAUGCCGCGGUUAAGGACAAGUGAUGAUCUAUUGGACAGUGUUAUCAGUGAUUGUUUCGAAGCUGAGUCACCUAUGUCAUGCCUCAAAGUGAAAGUUCUCUCGUACCUGGAUACCAACGCUGGCGUGACGGCCGAGUCGGCGAGAGCCCUGGACUCCAAGCACAUCGACAAAGUGAUCUUCGAACGCGCCGCGAGGAUUCUGCAGACCAACGAGUUCAGGUUCCAACUACCUGAGUUUCUGUUCCAGAGCGCCGAGGUCUCAUACAGAGCUGAUAAAGGAUUGGAUGUUCAGUUCCCGGAAGACGACAGCAAUGGCGAAGCUCGAGGCCUCUUGAAGAAGAAGCUCCUGCUGCCAGUGCUGCUGCUGCUCAAGCUCAAGAUGAAGGCUCUCAUGCCCAUCCUGGUAUCUAUCAUCGGCAUCAAAGCCAUCAAGGCCCUGAUCCUCAGCAAACUGGCCAUCACUCUGGUCGUUGGAUUCCUUGUCUACAACUUACUGAUGAAGAAAGGAGCCAUGCCGAUGAUGAUGAUGACCCCGACUGACGCGCCUCCUGCUCCUCAAUACGGCCCUCCCGCCUCCCAGUACGGCCCACCGGCUUCGACCCCGGCCGCCCCUCAGGACUCGUACAGCCCUCAGUGGGAGCCGGCCAGCUCCGGCCCCUACUCGCGCGUGUGGGACCCCUCGCAGCUCGCCUACAGCUCGUACUACCCUGGUGACUCCAACGCCUCAGCGUCAUCGAACCAGUCGCCGAGCUACUCCAGCGUGUCAUCAAUCUCGUCGUCGUCGUCAUCUUCGUCAUCACCCACCUAUUAAACCAAAUACCUCAUGUAAAUAAAACACAACUGAAUGUACAUAGGAUGCACGCACGAACGAAACUGUUAGGGUUUAGUUAAUUUAUUGACAACUAUUUAUUUUUAUUUAUUACACAAUAAAGAACUCGUUGUCUUUUCAA